AUGGCAAGGAAACUCACUGUAUUGGAAGUCCUUCUGAUCAUCUUCUUCCUAAUUGUGCUGGCCUUAGAUAUCCUCUUGAUGUUUUUUGUGUUGGAGAAAAGUGAAGAGACUGCAUUUGUUCCAGAAUGCCCAGAGAUCCCUGAGUCAGAGAGGAUAGACUGUGCUCCAGGCCAGGUGGUGUCAGAGGAUGUCUGCAGUCAGCAACAUAAGUGCUGCUGGAAACCUGUGCCAGAUACUAAUGUCCCUAGGUGCUUCUUCCCCAGGAACUGGGGCUAUCACGUCAUCAGUAGACAGAAUGAUACAAAGACAGGGUUUACAGCCCAGUUGAAAAAGUUGCCAUUCCCAUCUCUGUUUGGAUAUGAUGUCAACGAGGUUGGCUUCAGAGCUGAAUAUCAGACAUCCAAUCGUUUUCAUUUUAAGAUCAAUGAUAUCAACAACAGACGCUAUGAAGUCCCCCCUGAAAUUAUUAACCUGUCUGAUAGGACUACCAGUACCUACAAUUUGAACUAUUAUGUAGAGGUCAUUGAUAAGCCCUUCAGCAUCAAAAUAAUGAGGACAAGCAACAAAAGAGUCUUAUUGGACACGAGCAUCGGGCCCCUGCAGUUCGCCCAGCAGUACUUGCAGCUGUCCUUCCGACUGCCCAGCACUGCUGUGUAUGGGCUGGGGGAGCAUGUGCACCAGGAGUACCGCCACAACAUGACCUGGAAGACCUGGCCCAUCUUCACUCGCGAUGCCGCGCCCACCAAGGACAUGAUUAAUCUGUAUGGAGCCCAUACAUUCUUCCUGUGCCUUGAAGACACCAGCGGCUCCUCUUUUGGGGUGUUUCUGUUGAACAGUAAUGCCAUGGAGGUCACCCUGCAGCCUGCUCCUGCGAUCACUUACCGCACAAUUGGCGGCAUCCUUGACUUUUACAUAUUCCUGGGAAAUACUCCAGAACAAGUGGUUCAGGAGUAUCUGGAGCUCAUUGGACGACCAUUCAUGCCUCCCUACUGGAGUCUUGGGUUCCAGCUUAGUCACAGGAACUAUGGUGGCAUCAAUGGGUUGAAGAAGGUUGUGGAUCGAAAUCGUGUAGCUCAGAUCCCUUAUGAUGUCCAGUACUCUGACAUAGACUACAUGGAUGGAAAUAAGGAUUUUACUACUGAUGAAAAGGCUUUCCCUAAUCUCUCAAAUUUUAUCAACGACUUACAUAAGCAAGGACUGAAAUAUGUAAUCAUUAUGAAUCCUGGCAUCUUAAAUAACUCUGACUACCAGCCCUAUAUGAAUGGAAGCCACAGGAGAGUAUGGAUCUUGGGGAACAAUGGCUUUGUCGUUGGGCAGGGAUACCCUGGAUGGACAGUGUUUCCUGAUUAUAGUAAUCCGACUUGCACUCAGUGGUGGACGGAGCAGUUCAGUGAAUUUCAUAAAACUCUCAAGUUUGAUGGAGUAUGGAUUGAAAUGGAUGAAGUAUCCAGCUUUCUCCACGGUUCCGAUCGCGGGUGUGAACUUAAUACCCUCAACUUUCCUCCUUUUACUCCCCGAAUUCUGGACCGUUUGCUUUUUGCAAGAACCCUGUGCAUGGAUGCAGAAUUUCAGUGGGGUCUUCAUUAUGAUGUCCACAGUCUGUAUGGCUACUCCAUGGCAAAAGCAACAGACUCGGCCAUGAAGAAAAUCUUCCCCAACAAAAGUAACUGGAUCUUAUCCCGUUCUACUUUUGCUGGAUCUGGCAAAUAUGCUGCACAUUGGUUGGGGGACAAUGCAGCCACAUGGGAUGAUCUCCAAUGGUCUAUCCCUAGUAUCCUUGAGUUCAACCUGUUUGGUAUCCCCAUGGUAGGUGCCAACAUCUGUGGUUACACAAAAAAUGUCACAGAGGAGCUCUGCACAAGGUGGAUGCAGCUUGGAGCAUUUUAUCCACUAUCGAGGAAUCACAACGGGCCUGGGUUCAGGGACCAGGAUCCUGCUGCCUUUGGUGAACACUCUCUGUUGGCGAAUUCCUCCAGAUAUUAUCUGAACAUCCGCUACACCCUGCUGCCCUACCUCUACACCCUUUUCUACCGAGCUCACACCUGGGGGGACACUGUAGCGAGGCCCCUGGUCCAUGAGUUCUACCAGGACCCAGCUACCUGGGGCAUACAUGAGCAGUUCCUAUGGGGGCCCGGACUCCUCAUCACACCUGUUUUAUAUGAGGGUGUGGACCGAGUGAAAGCAUACAUACCGGACGCCAUCUGGUACGACUAUGAGACAGGGGUAGCCAUCCAGUGGAGGAAACAAUUGGUGGAUAUGCUGCUGCCACUCGAUAGGAUAGGACUUCACCUCCGAGGGGGCUUCAUAUUUCCCAUCCAACAACCCAGCACAACCACAGAGGCCAGUCGAAAGAAUUCCCUGGGACUCAUUGUUGCCUUGGACUACAAGAGACAGGCACGGGGCGAGCUGUACUGGGAUGAUGGUGUAUCUAAUGAUGCUGAAAAGAAGUAUAUUCUGUAUGAUUUUUCUGUCAGCUCUAAUCGUCUACAGGCAAAGACUGUAAAUAAUAACUAUAUGGACCCUAACAACCUCAUGUUUACAGAUAUCAUAAUCUUGGGAAUGGACAAGCAACCUACUGAUUUUACUGUCUUACAUAGUAAUUCUGCCACCUCCAUUUCAAAUGUUACCUACAAUGUUUCAUCAAAGAUGGUGAAGAUCAGGGAUCUCAAGGGACUGGCACUUGGUGAGAAUUUCUCCAUCGAAUGGAAACUUCCAGUCAGUGACCUGGAGAAAUUCAACUGCUACCCUGAGGAUCCUGCAGUCUCUGAGGAGAGUUGCAGGCAGCGGGGGUGCCUUUGGGAGAACACAACUGUUCCUGACGUGCCCACCUGUUACUACGACACCAUCCCUAGUUAUGCCGUCAGUAACAUUGAGUACCUGCCUACGGGCAUCACCACAAAACUUGCCCACCUGGGGGCCCCUGAAUCAGCCCGAGCAGCCACUGCCUCUGGCUCUCUCUCUGCGACAAUCAGCUUCCUCCAGCUGAGCGUGAUCUACCACACAGAAUACAUGCUGCAGUUCAAGAUCUUUGAUUCCACAAACAAAAGGUACGAGGUCCCCGUGCCUCUGAACACCCCUCCCUCUCCAGUUGGCUCUCCUGAAGACCGUCUGUAUGAUGUCAAGAUUCAAAACAAUCCUUUUGGGAUCCAGAUUCGAAGAAAAAGCUCUGGCACUGUGAUUUGGGAUUCUCAGCUGCCUGGCUUCACCUUCAACGACAUGUUCCUCUCCAUUUCUACUCGCCUCCCCUCUCAGUACAUCUAUGGCUUUGGGGAGACGGAGCACACAGCUUUCAGAAGAAGUAUGAGCUGGACCACGUGGGGAAUGUUUGCUCGUGAUGAGCCCCCAGCAUACAAGAAGAAUUCCUAUGGCGUCCACCCCUACUACAUGGCCCUGGAGGAGGAUGGCAGCGCCCAUGGGGUGCUCCUGCUAAACAGCAAUGCCAUGGAUGUGUCAUUCCAGCCCACUCCUGCCCUGACAUACCGCACCACAGGAGGGAUUUUGGACUUUUAUAUGGUUUUGGGGCCAACCCCUGAGCUUGUAACUCAACAAUACACUGAGUUGAUUGGUCGGCCAGCAAUGACUCCAUACUGGGCCUUGGGAUUCCAGCUAAGUCGCUAUGGAUACCAGAAUGAUACUGAGAUCUCCCAGUUGUAUGAGGCAAUGAUGGCGGCACAGAUUCCCUAUGACGUCCAGCACGUAGACAUCGAUUACAUGGACCGGAAGCUGGACUUCACUCUCAGCUCCAGCUUCAAAAACCUCAGCUUCUUGAUUGAGCAAAUGAAGAAUAAUGGCAUGAGAUUCAUUCUCAUUCUGGACCCAGCUAUUUCUGGCAACGAGACCAUGUAUCAGCCAUUCAAAAGAGGGAAGGAAAACAAUGUGUUCAUCAAAUGGCCCAACAGUAAUGACAUUGUCUGGGGAAAGGCUUGGCCAGAACUGCCCAAUGUGAAUGUGGAUACAUCCCUUGACCAUGAAACUCAGGUUAAGCUGUACAGAGCCAACGUUGCUUUUCCUGACUUCUUACGUAAUAGUACAGCCGCAUGGUGGAAGAUGGAAAUCAAAGAGCUCUAUGAAAAUUUCCAAAAGUCAGGGAAGAACUUGAAGUUUGAUGGACUGUGGAUUGAUAUGAAUGAGCCAUCAAACUUUGUGGAUGGAUCUGUCAGGGGCUGCAGCGAUGAAAUUCUUAAUAAUCCACCCUAUAUGCCAUAUUUGGAGUCCAGGGAAAAGGGCCUGAGCAGCAAGACCCUGUGCAUGGAGAGUGAGCAGAUCCUGCCGGACGGCUCGCGGGUGCGGCACUACGACGUUCACAGCCUGUAUGGAUGGGCCCAGACCAGACCCACCUACGAAGCUGUGCAGGAGGUGACGGGACAGCGAGGGGUCGUCAUCACGCGCUCCACGUUCCCCUCUUCUGGCCGCUGGGGAGGCCACUGGCUGGGUGACAACACGGCCGUGUGGGACCAGCUGAGGAAAUCCAUCAUCGGCAUGAUGGAGUUCAGUCUCUUUGGAAUAUCGUAUACAGGAGCAGAUAUUUGUGGCUUCUUUGGAAAUGCUGAAUAUGAGAUGUGUGUUCGCUGGAUGCAACUGGGGGCCUUUUAUCCCUUUUCCAGAAACCACAACACCAUCGGGACCAGGAGACAAGAUCCUGUGGCCUGGAAUUCAACCUUUGAGAUGUUCUCCAGAAAAGUCCUUCAGACCAGAUACACCCUGCUGCCCUACCUCUACACUUUGAUGCAUAAAGCUCAUGUUGAGGGCAGCACUGUCAUCCGACCCCUUUUCCAUGAGUUUACGAAUGACAACAAAACGUGGGAUAUAGACCGUCAGUUCAUGUUGGGUCCUGCCCUCUUAAUCAGCCCUGUGCUGGAAAGUAAUACUUUUGUGAUUCCUGCUUAUUUUCCCAAAGCCCAUUGGUAUGACUACAGCACGGAAUCUGGCAAUGUGUCGACAGGUGAGUGGAAAAUCCUGGAUGCACCCCUUGACCACAUCAACCUUCACAUCAGAGGAGGCUACAUCCUGCCUUGGCAAGAGCCCGCGAUGAACACUCAAGCCAGUCGACAAAAAUUUAUGGGAUUGAUUGUUGCUUUGGAUGACAAUGGGAAAGCUGAAGGCCAGAUAUUCUGGGAUGAUGGACAAAGCAUUGAUACCUAUGAAAACGGAAACUAUUUUUUGGCAAAUUUUACUGCAGCUCAGAAUCUAUUGCAAAUCCAGACCAUACACAAUAAGUAUCUGAAUGACUCAAAUCCACUGAAAGUUGGAUAUAUUAAAAUCUGGGGAACAAGCUCUACUUCUGUGAUACAAGUCAAUCUCACCUAUGACAACCAGGAAAUUACAGUGGUGAAUUUCAACAGUGACCCUUACAGUCAGAAGCUGACUAUUCAACUUACCAACAAGAUUAUCAGCCUAGAAAAGCUAACAGAGGUUACAUGGAUAUAUGGUGGCCCUAUAGUUUCUACUACAACUAUGACAAGUACCUUCCCCACAGGUUCUCUACAUCCUUCUACAGUUUCUACUACAGCUACCACUUUUGAGACUAUUAUCACUAGUUCUGUUUAUACUAGUACCACUCUUCCUAUCCCAACCACUACUUUCUCAACAAGUACUACUGAAGUUACAACUAGUAUUACUGGUCCUAGUACCACUACAUCUUUCCUAAUAAGUACUACUGAAGUUAUAACUAAUCCUAAUGUUUCUGAUAGCACUACACCUUCCCCCACAAACACGACCGCUAGCAAUAGUACUCUUCCUACCACGGACACUCCCUCCCCGACAGGUUCUACUGCCUUUACNNNUAGUACUCUUCCUACCACGGACACUCCCUUCCCGACAAAUACUACUGCCUUUACACCUACUACUACCAUCCUUUACAGCACUACGCCUUCCCCCACAAACACGACCGCUAGCAAUAGUACUCUUCCUAACACGGACACUCCCUUCCCGACAGGUACUACUGCCUUUACACCUACCACUACCAUCCUUUACAGCACUCCGCCUUCCCCCACGAACACGACCGCUAGCAAUAGUACUCUUCCUACCACAGACACUCCCUUCCUGACAGGUACUACUGCCUUUACACCUACUACCACCAUCCCUUAUAGCACUACACCUUCCCCAGUGAAUACCUCUGCCAGCAGUAGUACUCUUCCUACCACAUACACUCCCUUCCCGGCGGGUACUACUACCUUUACACCUGCUGCUACCAUCCCUUACAGCACUACGCCUUCUCCUGCAAAUACUGCCCCUAGCAGUAGUACUCUUCCUACCACCACUGGCAGCCAUACUCCUAUUACCAGUUCUCCUUCCCCUACAAUAUCUGGUGGUAAUAGUACUAGUAAUACUAUUCCUACAGUAUCUACUUCUUCUACAGAUAUUCACUCUAUUAGCACUAAUACCAUAGCUAACUCUACCACCAAUACUAUAAAUAGUACAGGGCAGGCAGUAAAUAUUACUGAUGCAGAUAACUCUAGCAGUGUUCCAGGUAAUACUACCCAUGUUUCUAUUCCAAAUACCACAAUAGCCUUAGACACAUCAAUGACUACUCUUGUAGACACAACAACUCACCAUCAGGUAACAAAAAACUCUACAGUCAGUUAUUUACCUAUUAUUACAACUAAUGCUACCACCAGUAUUAUAAAUACUACCACAUAUGUUCUAAAUACUAUCAUUCUUGAUAGAACAACAAUGAAUGCUUCUGCUACCAUACCAACUUAUAUUGAAAAUGCCAUAAAUGCUACUCUAGUUCCAUGA